AUGGAUCGGGGGAUCGGAUCCCGGGAUCGGGGUGUGGGGUAUGAGGACAGGCACAGCCGCCACAGCCCCACGCCUGGGGGUCGACCCAGCAGGUCAAGCAGUCCGAGAGGCAGAGUGCAACGCCCAGGAGAUCGUGAGGCUCCUGCUGCUGCUGCUGCUGCUGCUGCUGCUGCUGCAGCUGCUGCGUCUUCUUCCCCUGCAGCUCGCAGGAGGCCUUCUCCCCCCCCAGCUGAUCGCCGGAGCCAGCAGGCGGACGAAGCAGCGGAUGCUGCACUACCGAGGCGCAGCAGCAGAAGCAGAAGCAGGAGCAGCAGCAGGAGCAGCAUGAAAGACAAAAGGAGACGGGGCAGCUAUGGCCAAGCAGACAGCAGAAGCCCCAGUAGGAAGCGUCGCAGCUGCAGCACCGCCGCUGCAGCAGUGAGUGCAGCAGCAGCAGCAGAAGCUGCUGCUGCCCUAGGGGCCCCCCCCGCAGUGGCAGUGGUGAUAAUAGCGAGAGGGGAGGGAGACGGCUCCAUACGGAUGCAGAAAAUGAAAAAGAGUGCAGACGAAGCCCCUCGCCGAGGCGGGAUGAUGGAGCCCGCUCACGGGGUCACGACACAGGAUCCCGGGAUCGUGGGGCCGGGUCCCGGGACCGGGCGAUCGGAUCCCGAGACCUCGAUGCAGGGUCCCGCGGCCGUGAGCUCGAGGCUCGGGGUCGAGGCACUGCUGGGUCCCGGGACCGCAGGAGCGGGUCCCGCGGCCGUGGUGUUGGGUCCCCAGGCCGUGGUGUCGGAGCUCGGGGUCGCGGUGCUGGGUCCAUGGAUCGGGGGAUCGGAUCCCGGGAUCGGGCUGUGGGCUCGCAGGAGGCCUUCUCCCCCCCCAGCUGAUCGCCGGAGCCAGCAGGCAGACAAAGCAGCGGAUGCUGCACUAUCGAGGCGCAGCAGCAGAAGCAGAAGCAGAAGCAGGAGCAGCAGCAGGAGCAGCAUGAAAGACAAAAGGAGACGGGGCAGCUACGGCCAAGCAGACAGCAGAAGCCCCAGUAGAAAGCGUCGCAGCUGCAGCACCGCCGCUGCAGCAGUGAGUGCAGCAGCAGCAGCAGAAGCUGCUGCUGCGCGCAACAGCAACGCUGGAGCGGUCCAGGAUCGGUACGCGAAGGACCCCCUUGAGGCGGGCUCUGAGGGAGCAGCAGCCACCGGAGUAGGACCUUCUGGGGGUGGGCCCGCUGCUGCUGCUGCUCCUGCUGCUGCUCCUGCUGCUGCUCCUGCUGCUGCGGCCGGGAGUGGUGCUGGAAGCAGCAGCAGCAGCUGUGCUGCUCCUGCGAAGCCCGAGGGACGCGUCUCCAAGUGGAAGAGCCGCUGGGGUGUCGCUGCACCUGGGGUAUCGUCUUCUCCAGGCGAAGGCAAGCCAGCAGCAGCAGCAGCAGAUGCUGCAACAAAGCAAACACUGGCAGCAGCAGCAGCAGCAGCAGGGGCAGCAGGGGGUGAACAAGCUAGCGCGAGAGGUGAGAGUGUAUCUGAGGCGGCGUUUCCCUUCUUGCGGGCCGCCGGAGACAGCGCGGGGCCCAAGGGGGCCCCCCAAGACCCUCUCGGGUCCCCUGGGGGCCCCGGUGACAGCGGGAGAGCUGCAGAGAAAUAUUUGGGGUCUCUGGAUAUGAAGCCGAAGAUUAAAAUAGUGCUGUCACGAAGCGCGCAGCAGCAGCUGAUGCAGCGGCGGCAGCUGCAACGGUCUGCUGCAUCGCAGGGGGGAGUUGAUGAGUCUUCUGCUGCAGCACUAGCGGAGGCUUACCUGCUGGCAGCUGGAGAGACACCAAGUGCAGCAGCAGCAGCUGCUGCUGCUGCUGCUGCUACUGAUAGCGACGGCAAUGAUCCACAGCAGCUGCUGCAUGAGCAGCAGGAGCAGGAACAGCAGCAGCAGCAGGAGCAGCAGCAGCAGGAGCAGCAGCAGCAGGAGCAAGAACUGACGGAGCUCCCGGAGAGGGCCGCUGUCGCUGCAGCAGAGGCGUCCCCAGCUGCUGCAGAGGCGGAGGCUGCAGAAGACAGUGGAGAGAUUACAGCUGAAGCAGCAGCAAAAGAGAGACACGAGAGACGCCUGGGCAUCCCCAAGGCCAUGAGAAUGCCAGCAGCACAGGAGACAGCAGGCGGAGACGCCGCAGGGGCGACAACUGCAGCAGCAGAAGCAGCAGCAGCUGCUGCUGAGGAUGCUAAAGGAGGCGAGGCAGGAGCGGAGACAAACGGAGACACCACCUCAGCUCCCGCCUGGCGCAGCUCGCAGCCAGGUGCUGCUGCUGUUGCUGCUGAUGCUGCUGCUGCUGCAUACGGGAAAUCCCCUAGGAGAAGCCGAAGGGGAUCCAUGAGCUCUUCUGCGUCUCCUGUAGCUGUGGGCCCCCCACUGCCUAGCCAUAGAGAGCGGGAGGACCGAGGAGCAGCAGCAGCAGCAGCAGCAGCAGAAGACAGAGGGGAGGAGGGGUCUCAGUGCAGCAUCGGUGGAGUAGAGACAGAGAUAGAGAGAGAGACAGAGAGAGAGAUAGAUACAGAGAGGGAGAGAGGAGGAGGGGAUACAGUCCCUAUAGGGAGAGGGACAGAGAUGAUGUCUACUACAGGGAUGGAGACAGAGACAGAGAAAGAGAAAUGUAUCGAUACAGAGACAGGGAUAUGUACACCACAAGAGGAAGAAGCAGAGAAAAUUAUAAUUACAGGGACUACAGAGACAGGGAUAAUAGAGACUUUAGAUACCGCCGAUACUAUGGAGAUAGAGAUGAAGGCAGAGACAGAGGAGGGGGCGGAUACGAACACUAUGGGGGCCCCAGACGAUGGCGGCAGGGUUAAGUAA